AUGACUGGGAAUUUUAUUAGUAAUCACAACCUAGCUUCUGGUCACCGCAGCAGUUCUGCUCAUCCGACAGAUCGUCAACAAUUACAACAACAUCAACAACAACUUCCUCAUCAUCAACAGCAACACCAGCCUCCACCACCACCAUUAUUUGCUGAUCUGUUAUUAGGUCAAAAGGUAUUGGCAGAAACUGGUCAAAAAGUGGCGAGCAGUGCAGAGUUAGCUCACUUGUCCCCAGAUGAAACAAGGACUAAUUGCAAUGGUAGUGGAACAACUAGAAAUAAUACAAAUUCGAGAGCUGAAAUAAAUUCGAUCUCAACUAAUAAUAUCAAUGAAAAAAAUCCAAUAAGAACACACUCUUCAAGUUGUCCACCAGUAAAUGAGCAAAACUCAGCAAUAAGUUCAACCCAAAUGCAUACGUCAAAUAGUUCUUCAAAUACGAAUAAUACCAUUCAUGAUAAUAGCAAUAGCAAUAGCAACACUACAAAUUUCAGACAAAAUAUGUUAGCAAUGUCCAUAUCGAACAAUCCUCAUUCAUUGAACGAUCCUACCAUUCAAGAAGCAUUAUCGCCUUUCUUUCAACCAUUUGGAGUAGAUGUUUCACAUUUACCAAUGACUAACCCUCCUAUUUUCCAGUCUUCUUUAAUGUACGAUGAUCCUGGUAGAAGAAGACGUAUUUCUAUUUCUAAUGGUCAAAUUAGUCAGUUAGGUGAAGAUUUGGAGACGGUAGAGAAUCUUUACAACACUCAACCACCUCCAUUGCCACAUAGAUACGACCAUGUUCAACAAGGAAACAAUCUCCCUCCAAAUUCCUACGUUUCAAACAACAAUAGAACAGCAAACAAUGCUAACAAUAAUCAAAAUAUGGACAAUACUAAUAACAGUGGACAGGUGCCACUGCAGGCAGGUACGAGUUUCCAACACCAACAACAACAACAGCAGCAGCAAAGAAAUUACAGUCAUGUCCAAUAUCAAGAGCAAAUGGCCAUGAUGAAUCAUGUAGCUAGAAACAUGAUGCCUUCACAGAAUUUUAAAGUGAAUAUGGGACAAAAUUGGAAUAACAACGAACAACAUCCAGUUUCACAACCAUCACAACAACAAUCAGAACAGAAUCAACACCAGCAUCAACCUCCUGCUACUGUUCCUCCGACUGCCGCUGCUCCUCCGACUGCCGCUGCUCCUCCGACUGCUCCUCCACAACAAGCUUCGAACUCAUCCAUUGCUCAGCUCACACAAACAUUACAACAAGCAACUCCGAAUAUGUCUAAUAACAACACUCCACGACACUCUACUUCAGACCCAGAUGUUUCUAUAGUGCAAGAGAACACUAUAUAUGAUUAUGAUAAAAAUGGUGAUGAUAGCGUUGAUUUCGAUGGAAUGCCAUACUCGAGACAAGCAUACCAAGAGUUGACAAUGGCAGUUCCUGGUACAACUGCCUGGAAGCGAGCAAGGUUACUGGAACGAAACAGAAUUGCAGCAUCUAAAUGUAGACAAAGGAAGAAGAUUGCUCAAAUACAAUUACAAAGGGACUUUGAUGAAAUAUCUAAAGAUAAUAAAAUCAUGAAACAGAAAUUAGACUAUUAUGAAAAACUAGUGACUAAAUUUAAAAAAUUCUUUGAAUCUCAUUUGGAACAAUGUAAAACAGGUAAAGAAUCACUGAAAAUGAUUGAAGAAAUGCUAAUGAUAGAUUCGGGCAUUUGUGAAGUUGAUAAUUCUGGUAUAGUUGUCAAAAUGGAAGAAGCAGAAUAG